GGGACAAGCACCAUCAGGCCAACCCUGAGUGCAUUCAGCUCCAGCACAGCCUCCAACCCUCACCACCACCAUCAUGUCUCUGAUGAAGAAUGAGAGAGCUAUUGUCAUGUCCAUGUGGGACAAGAUGGCUUCCCAGGCUGAGGCCAUCGGCACCGAGACUCUGGAGAGGCUUUUCUGCAGCUACCCCCAGACGAAGACCUACUUCCCGCACUUUGACCUGCACCACGGGUCGCAGCAAUUGCGUGCCCACGGCUCCAAGAUCUUGGCUGCUGUAGGCGAUGCUGUUAAGAACAUCGACAACCUCGAGAGUGCUCUGACCAAGCUGAGCGAGCUGCAUGCCUACAUCCUCCGUGUGGACCCCGUCAACUUUAAGCUCCUGUCCCAUUGUCUGCUGGUCACACUGGCAGCACGCUUCCCCACUGACUUUACGGCUGAAGUCCACGAAGCCUGGGACAAGUUUAUGUCUAUCCUGUCUUCCAUCCUGACUGAGAAGUACCGCUAAGCACCACCACCACGACCCGCAAGAAGGGCUACGACCCCUUUCCUCCCCUUCACUGAACCCUUCCUUGGGUCUUUUCCGUAGCCCCCAAUAAAUGGUUGAAGAUGGAAAU